AGAGCCAUGCAACUGUAUUUUAUUUUUGUGGGUGAAAAAAAGCCAUGCAGUGCACUUUUAUUAAUUAAAGGUGUUAAUCGCAGAGUAGAAUUGCUGACAAACGUAGAGAGUGCAUCGUGAAUUCCGUUUGUUGUGUUGGGAAAAUGAGUGUGUAAAGUGUGCAUCUGUGAUUGAUGGACUCUAAGUGCUUUCAUUCGAAUACAAAUACAAUCGCUCAAUCGUCUUCCCCUCAAACCUUUUCUCUCCCCAACCCGAUCCCUCAAUGGCCUCAAGGACAAGGUUUUGCUUCUGGCCUUGUAAAUCUUGGUGAAAUAGAAGUUUUAAAGGUGACUAGGUUUGAGCUAAUCUGGAGCAGCAGUUCUAAACUAGACACAAAAAAUGCUGUUACAUUCUAUAAGCCAGUGGGAGUACCGGAUAGUUUCCAUAUCCUUGGGCACUAUUGUCAACCCAAUGACAAGCCUUUACACGGUUUUAUACUUGUGGCAAGGGAAGUGGAAACUUGCUUGCCUGAAACUGCUGAUAUUCGCAACCAGGAUAAGUUACCUCCUCUGAAGAAUCCUCUUGAUUUUAAGUUAAUUUGGAAUCAAAAUGCAGGAAAUCAGGAAAUGUCAAGUGCAUACUUUUGGCUACCUGUGCCUCCUGAAGGUUACAUGGCCAUUGGCUAUUUGGUUACUAACAAACCUGACAAGCCUGAGUUGGAUGAAAUAUGCUGUGUUCGAAUUGACCUCACUGAUAAAUAUCAACCUUACCGCUUAAUACUUGCUGCAGGUUCUAGAAGUCCAGAGUUUUCAUUUCAGGUGUGGAGCUUGAGACCUUGUGACCGUGGCAUGUUAGGGAAAGGAGUUUCUGGUUGGACUUUUUUCUGCAGUAGUGACUGGAGAAUGGGAGAAGAGUUGCCCGUUGCAUGCUUGAAGAACCUGAAUCCAGUGUUACCAGCGAUGCCAAAUUUGGAACAAAUACAUGCACUUAUUAAGCAUUAUGGCCCCACUAUUUUCUUUCAUCCUGAGGAAAUUUACUUGCCAUCUUCUGUUGAUUGGUUUUUCAACAAUGGAGCCUUGUUGUACAAAAAGGGUGUGUCUACAGGAGAGGGAAUUGAUGCAGCUGGCUCAAAUCUACCAGAAGGGGGAACAAAUGAUGGGCAGUUUUGGAUAGACUUGCCAAGUGAUGAUCAAAGGGAUUUGCUCAAACAUGGGGACUUGAAAAGUGCAAGGCUUUAUGUUCAUGUGAAGCCAGCUCUUGGUGGAACUUUUACAGACAUUGCAAUGUGGGUUUUUUGUCCUUUCAAUGGACCAGCCACUCUGAAAAUUGGAAUUAAGAAUAUUCAUUUGAGCAAGAUUGGAGAGCAUGUUGGUGACUGGGAGCAUUUUACGCUUCGUAUAUGCAACUUCAGUGGAGAACUCUAUAGUAUAUACUUCUCACAGCACAGUGGUGGUGAAUGGGUGGAUUCCGGUGACUUAGACUAUAUUGAGGGCAAUAAAGCUAUUGUUUACUCAUCAAAAAAUGGACAUGCAAGUUACCCUCAUCCUGGGACCUAUAUUCAAGGCUCUCCAAAACUUGGGAUUGGCAUUAGGAAUGAUGCUGCUAGCAGUAAUUUGUACGUGGAUUCUAGUAUUCACUAUGAGGUUGUUGCAGCUGAGUAUCUAGAAAAUGCAGUCAUUGAGCCUCAUUGGUUGCAGUUUAUGAGAGAAUGGGGUCCCAAAAUUGUUUAUGAUUCAAAAACUGAGCUUUAUAAGAUAAUCAAUGCUCUUCCACGCAUCAUUCGAUAUUCAGUGAGAAACUUGUUUGACAAGUUUCCCGGGGAACUGUAUGGUGAGGAAGGUCCCACAGGGCCAAAAGAGAAAAAUAAUUGGAUAAAUGAUGAAAGAUGGUGAUUUUAUGUUACUGUUCAUAUGUCAAAUGUUGGUGAUUGCAAAUUGUAGACUGUAAUGUAAUGUAUUUUUGUACGUACACACCCACACACCAGAGAGAGAGAUAUGUAAUUGCCAAAUUUAUCAUGCAGUUUCCAUGAAAAAUUAAUAAUUGUUGAACGGAAUCCUGUCAAAGAAUCAUAUGCAUGUAACUCUUGAAAUAUAACAAGGCCCUGCGCAGUUUAAUCG